GGCAGAACAGCCGAGGCCCCGACCCUGGCCCCUGGCGCCUGCCUUCCAGGCAGUGAGAUGCCCAGCAGCUCAUCAGAAUCCUGCCAGGUUUGGUUACUAUUAGGAAGAAAGUCAGCGUGGUGGUGAGAUGAAACCAUACAAGGACUCAUUUAACCGGGUGGCAGGGAGGGCCUCUCUGAGGAGACUCAAACAGCCCUGAGGGCUGAGGAGGAGCUGGCCCUGGAAGAGUGUUCCAGGUGGCAGGAGUGAGCCUGGUGUGUGCCCUGGGGACGGAGCCCCUGGCUUCAGUGACGGGUGCUGGAUAGAUACUGAAGAGCUUGUAGGGGCUGCUGGAGUGUUUUUGUAAGGGGGGGUCAGAGCUUUAAGAACACGUUUCCAAGCAGAGGAGCAGUGCUGACGCCCUGCGGCUGGCGUGUGGAGCCCGGACAGCGGGAGCAGGUCUAGCCGCCCAUGGUUGUGGAGUCGCAGGCUGGAGCCCAGCCCCAGGCCUCUGCACGGCCCCUACUCCCCUGCCCAGGGAGUGGCCAGUGCCCCAGGGCACCCACCACACCACUGCCUACCACUCAGGGCCCCAGCUCCUUUGCAUGCAGGUCAAGCUGCCACCAUGGCCCUUCCUUGAAGUCUGUGAGGGUGGAGGGGGAGCCCAAGUUCUGGCCCAUCAGUCCCUGCCCCGAGAAGGCUGCCACCCAUGGGCCCUGCAGCUGCUCUGACAUGCCUGGGUCUGGCCCCAUCCCAGUGUGGGUAGAGGGGUGCCCAGGGUGUCAGACGGGUGCUUGCAUGGGCCAGAUCUGCUCCCCCUCUGUACCUCCCAACAGCCCCAGCACUUGUAUUUACGUCUGGUCUCGGGCUCCCCUCCUGUGCCCCUGCAUCCCACCGGCCCUGGGUGCUGGCUGGGCUUGGCUGCCUAGGGGUGGGACCCUCUUUGGGUGAGAGGACCCUUCCCCUUGCUGCCCUCUCGCCUUCUGACAUGGUCGCUCACCCUGGAAUCUGGACUUCCCCUGCUGCUUGCAGCUGUCCCAUGUGGCCCCUGACCCACUGGUGGCCACAGGAGGAGAGAGAGGUGCCCUCUCCGGGUCCUUAUUCUCUACAUCUGACGCCACCAUGGACCUAACAGGGAGGAAAGUGGCCUUGGGCCCUGCUGCUGGUGAGGUGAGCCUUGCCAUCAUGGAGUUCAGGGGACCUCGCUCUCCCUUGGGCUCUUUCUGAUGCUUCUGAGCCCCAGAGACAUCUCCAGUACAAACACAAGGUAAGUACCUCAGGCCCUUGUGGAAUCGGGAUCCUGCCUCUGUCAUCAACCACCGGGUGUACUUAGGCAAGUUCUGUCCCUCUCUGAGUUCCAAGUUCCUCAUCGUAAAUUGGGGAAACCCCUCUUCCCCCGACAGUACCUGGCACAGGGUGCCUGGCUUGGAAGAUGCUGGAAAGCUCCAGCCCCGGAACUUAAGUCACUUUCUGCCCAGCAAGCUGGAUCCACAGAGCCCCAGAGCUCCCGGUCGUCCGCCCUGACCCCGCGUGGACUUGGGGACUGGGGCACUCUAAGCCCUGUCAAGCCCUGCUCCCCGUGCUGUCCUGGAUCGAGCCGGCCAGCAGGGUGGCUAGAUCGGAACAGCUGUCGUGCGUGGCAGGCGAAGGCCGUCGCCCUCCGGCUCGGGUCCGGUGACGCUGGCGGAGCAAGGCUCCGGGGCAUCUCUGGUUCGUGUGGUCGUGCCAUGGGUGCCAUUGUGGAUGGACAGGGCCAUGCGGGCCGCGUCGGCCUCCUGGGGAGAAACGGGUGAGCGCAAGGGGAUCGGCGCCAUGGAGGGUGGAGAAACCGCAGGGAUUUUCGGGUGUCCGCUUUGGGGCGCCAAGGAAGAUGUUCGUCGCCCACAGUGUGAACCUUGAGCUACCACGGCACCGACCAGUCGACUAGGCGCUCCCGUCGGAGGCGGGGCCGCCGCCCGGGGUGUGCGACUAUUGGGUGACGGCUGACGCGCACCGCCCUCCUUUGCACACCGCCCGCUGCACUUCUCGACUGCGCGCCGCGGCGCUGCGAGGGGCUCGGACCCGGGGCGUGCCGGCGAUUGGCAGGGGAACGGGACCCGAGGGCGCGGCCGCCCGCGGAUUGGCGAGGCGCGGCGGGGGCGGGCUCGCGCAUGCUCUUAAGUGGCAGCGGCGGGCACGGGGUCAGUGCCAAGAUGUCGACGGCGGCGGUUCCGGAGCUGAAGCAGAUCAGCCGGGUGGAGGCGAUGCGCCUAGGGCCGGGCUGGAGCCACUCGUGCCACGCCAUGCUGUACGCCGCCAACCCCGGGCAGCUCUUCGGCCGCAUCCCCAUGCGCUUCUCGGUGCUGAUGCAGAUGCGUUUCGACGGGCUGCUGGGCUUCCCCGGGGGCUUCGUGGACCGGCGCUUCUGGUCGCUGGAGGACGGCCUGAACCGGGUGCUGGGCCUGGGCCUGGGCUGCCUGCGCCUUACCGAGGCCGACUACCUGAGCUCGCACCUGACCGAGGGCCCACACCGCGUCGUGGCGCACCUAUACGCGCGGCAGCUGACGCUGGAGCAGCUGCACGCCGUGGAGAUCAGCGCGGUGCACUCGCGCGACCACGGCCUGGAGGUGGGGCCGCGGCCCGGGCCCCGCCCCCCGCCCCGGGGUUUGGCUCUGGCCCCGUGGAAGGCACCGAUGGGUAACACGUCUCCUGAGGGUCCCCUGGCCGGGCUGGGUCGGGUAUCGCUGUCUCCAGCAAUGGGGUGGGGAGAGGGGUCUGGGGCUGGGGGGCCGGGAAAGGAGGGGCGGGGGUGGGGGCCGGGGCUGGGGCUCCCUCAGGGCUGUGUUACAUCCGCCUUGCUGCCUGCCAUUGCCAAUCCUGGGAGUGGGGGAGUGGGAUCGGUGGGGAGGAAGGGAUGGGGGAGGAGCGGGGCUUGCCUGGGGAGUUGGGAAACUUGAGGAGCACAGCGGGGGUUGUAAAACUUGGGAACCUCAUGGGGGGCGUGAAGGGUCUUGGAAUUCGUGUGUUUUGUGGUCUGGAAGGGCUGGACUUUGGGUGUUCAGGCUUCGUUGGGUGGACGGGGAGCAUGGGGUGCGGACCCCGGGGGGUGGCCUGGGUACGAGGGAGAGUGCAGGGAGAGUGCACGGGGUCAGCCUUCACACUUGCUUGGGGAGGAGGGGGCUGCACUGCUCUAAGGGAGCUGGCUGGCUUCUGCCAGGCCCUGCCCGGGUCUCCCAUUAAGUCUUUGGCAAAGCUGGCUGCUCGUAUCCUGGCCUCACAGCUUCCAGGCCCCUCCUGCUGGGGGUGCCAUUGCGUGGCAGGCCUGGCCCCAACCCCUACCUCCUGUCCGCGCAGGUACUUGGCCUCGUGCGGGUCCCGCUGUACACCCAGAAGGACCGAGUCGGAGGCUUUCCCAAUUUCCUGAGCAACGCCUUCGUGAGCACGGCUAAGUGCCAGCUCCUCUUUGCCCUCAAGGUGCUCAACAUGAUGCCCGAGGAGAAGCUGGCUGAGGCCCUGGCUGCCGCCACCGAGAAGCAGAAGAAGGCCCUGGAGAAGUUGCUCCCGGCCUCCUCCUGAGGGCUGCCUGAGCUGGUGGCACCCUCCCCUGGACCGCAAGACUGGGAAUUCCUGCUAAGUGUGGCUUCUAGAGUGUAUGUGUGUACCCCGCUUCUGACUGCCUAGGGCAAGUGGGCAUCCUGUCAUCUCCACUGUCCCAAGCAGUCACCAGGUGGCGGCCGGGCCAGCUGGGACCCAGCCCAUCCUCCCAGGCAGAGCAGGGUGGUCUGGGCACACUGGGCCUGCCUCUCCAGCCUCAGGAUGCUCUUGUUCAUCCUGGGCUCAGACCCUCCUCUGUGUGCGUCUCAUCACAGCUGGUGGAGGCCCAGGAGUGCCUGACUGUCCCACAGGGGUGGCGCACAGCUCUGGGACCACUCAGAAGAUGGGAUGUGUGGGUGGAGGAUGCCUUGUCUAGGUCAGAUCAUUCCUGCCUCCUUCCUGAGCCAGCUCAGGGCCUGGGGGAGAGCCAGCUUGGGGUAGGAAGUUAAUACUGUUAAUUUGGGUUGUUGUUGGAUUUACGUUGCUAGAUUUUCUCUUUCACCACGUGUGAACUGUGGGUGAGGUUUCAAAGUAGCUUCACCACACGUGGCUUGGUUCCCAGGGACAGUCAGGGCCUCGGGGGCCCAGCUAUGUACAACGAAGCUGUCGAAGGAGAAGACAAUAAAGUCGCUCCUCAGCUGCUCUGUGUGUU